AUGUUGGGUUGGAUGCUGAGACGCGGCGAGAACGCGCCAGAACCGGUCAAUGAUGGAGACACCACUCAGAUUGACCAACCCGACACCCCGGCGCCUGUUUUCGCUGCUAGAGCAUUCAAGAGUGCAUUGUUCGGAACUCCAGCGCGUCCUACCAACCGAAAUACAAGAGCAGUAGCAAAAGACAGAAAUGACAAGACAGCUCAAAUGUCUCGGACCCCGCCUCGACCCCAAGGGAUUCUUUUGACCCCGGGUACCGGAACUACGAGACGAAAGCGCGUCUCUUUUGGACAAGACGUCAAGAAGAAUAACAAUCUCUGCAAGGAGCCAGAAACGCGCCAACGCACACGGCUAAAUGACGCUUUGGAAAAGGCUUCUAAAUCGGUAAAUCAGAACAACACAUCACAGCAAGAUCAGGAUGACUCUUCAGAUGAGUGGGAGGAAGCUGAUGACGAGGACUACUGCACACACGACAUUACGGUUGAUCUUAACGAGCCUCACUCGCAGUCGGGCAGAUAUUGGAAGGAGGAAUUUGAGAAAUACCACGAAGACGCAAAGGCCGAAAUGGAGAAGCUCCUCAAGUAUAAGCAACUGGCGAAAUCGUAUGCCAAACAAAAGGAUGCUGAGGCAAUUGAGCUCGCAGUUAAGCUCAAGGAAGAACAGCAAAAAGUGAUUGAGAUGGAAAGGCAGAUUGCCGAAGGUGCUUCCAAGAUUGCAUCGAAGCGAGUAGACAAAUCAGACGAAGUCAGUUCCGAGCUUUUAUCGACACUCACGAAGCAGACAGCCCUGGCUGUGCAGUAUCGAACACGCGUCCAGGAGCUUGAGGACCAACUUGAGGAGUUCCUUCGAGAGCGGGAAGACGAUGCCGAUGCCGAUGCCGAUCCCAAAGACCGCAAGCGACGACAAGCGACAUCACCCAGGACGCAGAAAACCCUUAUCGAGACACAGCGUGAACUCAGGCGAGCCCGAAUGCAGGUCAAGGAAGUUGGCGAACUUCGUGAGCAGAUAUCUUCUCUAAAAAGCCAGCUCAGAACGGCGGAGAAGCGUGCUACCAAGGCCGAGGCCAUGAACGAGACGAAGACUACACAAGGAAAACCCGAAAACGAAUCGGUGCGCGAAGGUUCACGAGCGCAAGAGCUGCGCGCUCAGCUUCGUGAAGCAAGAGAAGAAAAUAAGAAGAAGGAUGAGGAGCUACGACAACUAAAACAAGAAUUCGAAGCCUAUCGUAACGAAACCCAGGCCCACAAUGCGGACACCAAUGGAGUUUUAGAACGAGCACACACUAAGAUUGCGGAACUCAAAAAGGAAAUAAGGAUCCUCAAGGCUGGGGACAAUGAUGCUCCUGAGCAGAACGACAACGCAACUCGGCCUAAGAGCUGGCAUGUUCAGACAGACGCGGGGCGUCUGGCAGACGAACCCUCAAAGCCCAGAAACAUCGGUGUGGAUGACAGUACUAAGAAUCGAAGGCACAAUAUGGAACGACGAAGCUUUGACUUGACGGAGCUUGGAAAUGACACCAUGGAGCUUAAGGCGACAGACCCAAACGUGCCCUCAUUACGCCAAAAGUUUCACCAAGACGCUGUGCCAAAGGUUACCAGAUUGGAUAUCGGCACGUCAAAGCCAGUAUCGUCAAGUCUUGGUGAUAAGCCAGACAUUGGCCGGCCUAGAUGGCAGCCAUUUGUCCCGCGAUCACCAAGAAAUAGAGCAUAUCUUGGCGAAGAAAUCACCAAGCGGAUUGAGAAUGGGGGUGCGACUCCCGGCCGACCUGGCCUGGAAGACAUCGCCGCGCCUGACCUGCCCGCGCUGGCCAAGUCAAUCGCUCGCUCGAAACGCAUUGCAUCUGCCGAGAAACCUGUAGAAAGAAUCGACUUACUACACGACCACUAUGCGCGUGUAGGGGGCCCAGAUCCCAACAACAACGCAGUGAUGGCCAACGCGCCAAAGAGCGUGCUGCCGCCUGAGCGUAGAGCUGCUGCGAUUGCGAGAAUUGAACAAAGAAUGGCAGAGAAGAAACGAGCGCGUGGAAGGAAGGCAUAUGAUAAGGAGAAUGCACCGAAUACGGCCAAUGUUAUUCAAGAUGAGAUCCAUGAAUUAGAGAAGCGUCUUCAGGAUGCCAAAGCGCGUCUGAACAAAGUCCUGCCUUCGCCACCCGUGUCAACGGCUACAGAGCCUCAUCUCCCCUCGACAACUCAUUUUCUACUUCUUCUCUCAGACUCGGCACUUCCAUUAGGCUCGUUUGCGUUUAGCAGUGGUCUCGAAUCUUAUCUUGCUCACGAACCGCGUGCUUCGGCAUCGUUUGCCUCCUUUCUUCCUUCAUCGCUUUCAUCGUUCGCCGCGACAACACUACCCUUUGUCCUAGCUGCGCACCGCAACCCAGAGUCUCUCCCUCAGUUAGAUGAUCAGCUCGACGCUGCUAUCAUUUGUACUGUUGGUCGGCGUGCGAGCGUUGCGCAGGGUCGUGCACUACUAGGAAUCUGGGAGCGGUCGUUCCGUGCCAGCUGUCCAGAUGUUGAUGGACAGCCGUUGAGGGAAUUUGCAGUGCUGUUAAGACGCGAAAGUCAGAAGGAAGUGCCCCUUGUCUCUGCGCAUCUGGCGCCGCUGUUUGGAGCGAUAUGCGCUCUUGUUGGACUGGGUUUGCGACAGACAGCAUAUGUUUUCAUGCUCAGUCAUGUUAAGGCAUUGAUAUCUGCUGCGGUGAGAGCAAGCGUGUUUGGUCCCUAUCAGGCGCAAAAGGUAUUGGCUGGGCAGCAAGUACAAAGGAUGAUCGACGAUAUGAUCGAUCGAGAGUGGAAUACUCCGGUUGACGAGGCUGGGCAAACAGUGCCACAUAUGGAUUUAUGGAUUGGACGGCAUGAGACAUUGUACUCUAGAAUUUUCAACAGCUGA